CCAUUUCUCCCCUCCCCCACAGGUGCCCGGACCCGCCCCCCGGGGGAGGAGCCUCGGCCGUUCCUGGACUCCGGAGUGGGGGAGGGGGAUCCCGGGGGGGUGGGCGGGGGAGGGGGGUCGAGCCCCGCGGGGGGGGGCGUGGCCGGGGCAGGGGGGGGAGGGUCAGGGGGAGGGGGCCGUCGUGGCGGGGGAGGGGCAGGGGAGUGGCACAAGUGCCCCGAGUGCGGGCGGGGCUUCGGCACCUCCCGGGCGCUCAAAGUCCACCGCAGCUACCACGUGGGCAGGAAACGCCCCCAGGGGCACGCCCCGCCCCCCGCCGCCGGCCACGCCCCCCGCGGAGGCCCCGCCCCCCUCGCCCCCCCCUCCCCGGCGGGCCCCUCCCCCUUCAAGUUCCACUACAUCUGCGCCGAGUGCGGGUUGGGCUUCGCGGCCCCGGCGGCGCUGGGGGCCCAUCGCUGCGAGCACGGCCGGCGGCGCAGGCACCGCAGCCCCCCCGGGCCCUCCCCGCCCCCCACCCCUCCCCCGCCCCGCCGGGCGGCCCCUCCCCCCCCUCGCAGCCCCUCCCCCCCGCCGGCCCCGCCCCCCCCGUUCCGCUGCACCGAGUGCGCCGGAGCCUUCGGGCUCGUGGCCGAGCUGCACGAGCACUACAUGCUGCACGCCCGGGGGGAGCUCUGAGGGGGCGGGGACGAGCCGCGGGACACGCCCACCCGCCCGGAGACACGCCCACCCGGGGGGGGACACGCCCCGCCCCCUCUGUCCCAAACUUGGCUGGAGGAGGAGGAGCGAUGACAUCACUGGGCGGGUAAUGGAGGGGGGGGGGUGUGACGUCAUCAAGGAUGUGAUUGGAGGGGGGUCUGACGUCACCGCAGAGGUUGUGAUGUCACCAAGAGGGUUGUGAUGUCAUCAGGGGUGCUACGAUGUCAACAAGGGGGGUGUGAUGUCAUUGUAGGGGUUGUGAUGUCAUCGAGGAGGCGGGACUGUGAAGUCGUGGGGCAGUGGGGGGGUGUGGCCGUGGAGGACGUGAUGUCAUCAACAGGAUGUGAUGUCAUAAGA